AAAAGUAACGGUAAAAUGGACCAAUAGCUACAAUCAAAGGCCAGCUGACCCAGUGACAUUGAUUUAAGAUUUUGGUUGAUUAUUAGUGACACUAGUGAUAGUGAAAGAGCAUUAUUCGAUAUAAAAAAUUAUCCCACAGUGUGAAAAAUGUAUCAGCUGACUAUAUAUAGUAUGGUUCUUUGAAGUUUACACAAUUUUCUUCAAGACAUUCAUUAAUAAUAAGAGCAACCAAAGAAUAUUUGGAAAAAAUGUGGACUGCUAGUUCAAUUGUGAGUGGUUUUUCUAAACUGUGCUGCAGAAGUUUUUUAAAUUCAAGGAAACUAGUGUUAAAACAUAAUCGGACGUUUUGUUACAAUUCUGUAAAAAAAGAGUUGAAUAACAAACCAGCCUUUAGUAUAAAUGAUUAUGAUUGUAUAGGAUUCGAUUUAGACAAUACUCUAGCGCGUUAUAAAAUAGGGAAUAUGUUGGAAAUGGAAUAUAAGAUAGUUUCAAAUUAUUUGGUAACCCAGAAGAAUUAUCCAACAGAAGAUUUAUUGAAACCUAUCGAUCCCAACUUUUUUAUAAAAGGAUUGAUUAUAGAUGAUGAAAACGGAAAUAUCAUCAGAAUAGGACCGGAUGGGACAAUUUUACAAGCUACUCACGGUACGAGAUGGUUGAGCAAGGAAGAAAUAUUACAUUAUUAUCCUACUCUACAUUGGCAUGCUACUGAUUUAUUUGUGGAGAAUCCUUUGCAGACUUGGAAUGGACCUUAUGCAGAAAAAAUGAGAACUUUGUUAGAUUACUUUGAUAUAGUAAUAAGCUUAGUUUUUGCUAGGGCUGUAGAUAGUAUAGACAAAUUAUAUGGCCGUAGAAAAGUCUAUAACAUCUGGCCUGAUCUUCUUAAUGCCUUGAUGUACAUGUUUAAUAGAGAACAUUAUGAAACUGAUACUGGUGAAUAUUUUCCAGAAAUGAAAAAAAAUCCUGAUCAUUAUUAUUAUUCUUGUACGCCAAACCUUAUCAAUUGGCUCCAAGAAUUGCGAAACACUGGUAAAAAACUUUAUCUAAUAACAGGAGCUCAUGCAGAUUUUGCAAAUCACACGGCUACCAGCACUCUAGGUCCAAAUUGGAGAGAUUAUUUUGAUAUUGUCGUAUCUUAUGCUAAGAAACCAGGGUUUUUCAUUUUAGAAAGGGAUUUCAUAGGUUUAGAUGAAUCAUUUAAAGAAACUGGCCCAGUUACCAAUCUACAGAAAGGCGCAAUCUAUACCCACGGCAACUGGAAGGGACUAAAAGAUUUUUUGAUCAAUUCAUCCAAUAUUUCUAACCCCAAAUUUGUAUACAUAGGAGAUAAUCUAGUGCAGGAUAUUUAUACUCCAAAUGUGCAUUCUCAUUGUGACACAGUUAGUGUUUGUGAAGAACUGGAAGCUGAAAACACAUAUGAUUACCUUGGACAACACCCCGAUAAAUACUUUUUAUCAUCUACAUUAUGGGGAUCAUAUUUCCAAUGUAAAUAUUCACAAGAAAGAACCAUUUGGUACACUAUUAUGAAGAACAAUUCAAAGAUUUGUGUACCUAGCAUCGAAUAUCUGGCAAAAUAUCCACUAGAUCAUCAAUUUCAAUGUUUAAUAUGUUAGAGUAUUUCUUAAGAGUAGCAGUUUUACCUUUAAUUCAUAAUUAUAAUAAUGUUGUGUAGGUUGUGAAUAAUUUAUGGCAAAUAUUAAUAACAAUAACUAAUAUAAAUAAUUCUUCACAUAUAUGUAUAAAUGGGAAUUUGCUUUUGAAUGUAGCAAUUUUUCCUGAUUUUCAGUCAUCUGUACAAACUUAAUAUCUCAUAUUUCUUAUAUGUUAUCCAUUUUCUUUUUCCAAAUCUUUUUUUGUUCUUCCUAUUGUGCAUUUUUUUCAUACUGCUGUUGCAAAUUGUUGAUUCAGGAAGUUCUUCUUCGACCAACAGAUCUUUCACAUAUUAUUUGCUGUUGAAUAACUUGGAGGGGUAUUAUUUCCACAUUUUUUAAUAUCUCAUAGUAUUUCCAUUUUCUUCUGUUUUUGGCUAUUGUUAAAUUAUCGUGACGUUUUAAGAAUGUCUUAAAAGAUGAGGCAAUAAUUUUGACAACCGAAAAGAGUUGUUUGUCUUUUAUUACUGACUACAUUAACUAUAUGUUGUCCGUGCUUCAUGUUGGAAUUUAAACUGGUAAUCAUGAAUCAAAUUAUGAAUAAAUUAUUAGGGAAUCCUGAUGCUAAGAAAGAAGAGUCGUUUGAAAAUGUGUCAGUUGUGGUGGUAUAUGUAUAAAGUAGACUAUAAUUUCAAGAAUGUUGUUCUUCGGAAAUUUCAUUUAUUCAUUUCAUUUAUUCUAAAGUAUCCAACAAUCAAUUGAAAUUUGUAAAGGGCGAGGCAAUAAUUUUCCAGUCCAAAAAAUGCCGGUGUUCUUUAGUUAAUUUGUUAAUUAAAUUAAUAUGUUGUACAAUGCUCUUGUAAGAAUGCAAUCAAUGCAAUGCAAUUUAACUUCUACAGUAAUAUAUUUUAUUUAGAUAUUAGGGGAUUUACUCAAUUGUAUGUGGUAAUUCCAAUUCAUCUAGUGUUCACAUUUUUGUUUGUACUGGAAGUUAGUAAAUCAUGUUCGAACAACAACCUUUAGUACCUAAUAAUGUGUAGGGAAUUGAAUAUAUAAAGUUGAGUAUUAGAUUAAAAAGCUGCUACUUUUAAAAAUAUAUAAGAUGUAGUUGAAUAUGUAGAGAUGUGAUAUAAUUGUUUUAGAGUAUUAUUAAAACUGCUGGUUUUAAACAAAUUCAUAAAGGAAUCGUUUAAGUAACAAUUUUUUAUUUAAUAGUUACUUCAUUAUAUGGGUUGUUUUGAAAUUGAUUAAAUGAAGCAGUAUUUUUAUAAUUAAUUUAUAUUCUUAAUUCUAUCAAGUGUAUGACAUGUUUCAUGUCGAUAAUAUAUUUUUGUGUCCUUUGUU